AUGACUGCUAUUACGGCGAAAGAAACCAUAAAACGGUUGGUUAAAAUAUUUAGCAUUUGGGGUGUACCACGUACAAUUACGCUUGACAAUGCCAAGCAAUUCGUGUCAACGGAAUUCGAAGAAUUUUGUGGUUCAAAACGAAUUCAUCUGAAUCACACUUCACCCUAUUGGCCUCAAGCAAACGGUGAAGUAGAGAGGCAGAAUCGUUCCCUUCUCAAACGUUUAAAGAUAGCCAAUGCUAUCUACGGAGACUGGAAGGCUGAAAUGAAUCAGUAUCUUGAAAUGUACAAUAAUACUGCACAUACAACAACAGGAAAGGCUCCGAGUGAGCUGCUACAGAAUCGGAAACUGAGGUAUAAGUUUCCAGAUCCAGAAGAUCUAAGUUCAUCCGUUGUACCAUCAGACUAUGCAGACAGAGAUGCCGUUCAAAAAUGGAAAGGAAAGGAAGGAGAAGAUGCGAAAAGAAAGGCGAAGACCAGUGACAUCGGUACAGGAGACCUAGUUCUUAUGAAGAACUUACACCCCACGAACAAACUCUCGACUAGUUUCUUAUCUGAGAAAUUCUUAGUAGACGAGCGACAGGGAUCAAAAGUUCGGGUCCAUUCAAAGGAUAGUGGAAAAAGCUAUGAGCGAAACGUGGCUCAUCUAAAGAAGGUUUCCGCUCCUAGUCAGAUGGGAGAGUCUAGUGAAACACCAGAACACCUUGAACCAACUGUAGCUGAACGUCGCUGUUCGAAGCGUAUUCGUAAGUUAACAGCCCUGUAUAAGGCUUAG